ACGUGCCCCUACGUACAUAAAUCUCGCAGUGAUGGCUGCGCCGCCCGAUACGGAGAGUUUGGAGUCUCAUAUCAACAGAGCCACAAAUCCCCUGAACAGAGACACAGACUGGAGCAGCAUCAAUGCCUUCUGUGACCAGCUCAACAACGAACUGGAGGGGCCUCAGCUGGCCACCAGGCUCCUGGCCCACAAAAUCCAGUCUCCUCAAGAGUGGGAGGCCAUGCAGGCGCUAUUGGUCCUGGAGACGUGCAUGAGAAACUGCGGGAAAAGGUUUCACAGCGAAGUGGGCAAGUUCCGAUUUCUGAACGAGCUCAUCAAAGUAGUUUCACCAAAGUAUUUAGGCUCUCGCUCUCCAGAGGCGGCAAAAAAGAAAGUUUUGGAGUUGAUCUAUAGCUGGACGCUGGCGUUGCCUGAUGAGCCCAAGAUCUCAGAUGCUUAUCAGAUGCUAAAGAAACAAGGUAUCAUUAAACAAGACCCAGAGCUUCCCCCAGACAAGCUGCUGAACCUUCCUCCACGCAGACCUAAAAAUGCCAUUUUUGAGGACGAGGAGAAGUCAAAAAUGUUGUCCCGCCUGCUAAAUAGCUCACACCCCGAAGACCUGAAAGCUGCUAACAAACUCAUCAAGGAAAUGGUCCAAGAGGAUCAGCGGCGAGCGGAGAAGGUGUCGAAACGCGUCAACGCCAUCCAGGAGGUGAAGGAGAGCGUCGCUCUGCUGACUCAGCUCCUGCAGGACUACGACGGCGCGGCGACCAACCAGGACAACGCCGACCUGAUACAGGAUUUGUACCAGCGCUGCGAGAAGAUGAGACCGACGCUGUUCCGGCUGGCGAGCGACACGGAAGACAACGACGAAGCUCUAGCCGAGAUCCUCCAGGCCAACGACAGCCUGACUCACGUCAUCAACCUGUACAAGCAGCAGGUGAAGGGCGAGAUUGUGAACGGAAACAACACACUAAACGCACAGAAACCCGCCGGAACGGCUCUGCUGGAUCUGUCCGGAUUGGACACUUCGCCCCAGUCGCCUCCUUCCUUCCCAGAGUUCCCCACUCACACAGACGGCCUCCAGGCUCCCUCACAGGAGACGGGGAUCAGCCUCCUGGACGAUGAGCUCAUGUCACUCGGCCUAAGCGAAGGGACGCACACCUCCAACCCCCCGUCACAACCAGAGGACGCCACAGCCUGGGAUUCCUUCCAGUCCUCCGACAGCAUCGACGCGGACGUCCACGCUGCUCCUAGUCUCCUGCUGAGUCCCGACCCGCCGUCGCACUCUCAGCCUCUCUCGUCGUUGGAUGAGCUGGACCUGCUGGGGAAGGCUCUGCUGCAGCAGUCGCUGCCUCCCGAGGGUCUACAGGUCAAAUGGGACAAGCAGCAGACCAAGCCGACUCUGAGGGAUCUCCAGACCAAGUCGGGAAUCAACGCUAGCACUCCUCCUGUCGUAGCCUUGGCGGCCGACCCCUCCGGCUCCGGCCUGGGAGGCACACUGCUGGACAAAUCCCCGGCUCACGAAGCAACUCCUCCCCCUGAAGCCUCCUUGGCUGGAGUUUUUGUACCUCUAGAAUCCAUUAAGCCCAGUAGUCUGUUACCCAUAACCGUGUUUGACGGACACAGUCUGCGGGUUCUCUUUCACUUCGCCCGCGACUCGCCCCCGUCCCGCCCCGACGUGCUGGUGGUGAUCAUCUCCAUGUUGUCCUCCGCUCCUAUUCCCGCCACCAACAUUCACUUUGAAGCUACAGCCCCAAAGUCUGUGGGGGUGAAGCUGCAGCCUCCAUCGGGGUCAGAGCUCCCGGCUUUUAACCCCAUCCUGCCCCCUGCUGCCGUCACGCAGAUCCUGCUGCUAGCCAACCCUAACAAGGAGAAAAUCCAGCUGCAGUACAGACUAUCGUUCUCCAUGGGCGAGCAGGAGCACAGCGAGAGCGGCAGUGUAGAACAGCUUCCUGACCCUGAGAAGUGGGGGAACCUAUAGCACCUGAACUCACCCCGACAGACUCUCUGCUUCCAGACUCGGCCUUCCAUCCUCCCAUCGGCGCCGUCUUCAGACACGUUUCCUUUGCGGUCAUUCUGGCGUACAUCGGUUUGGACGGCGGUGAUUUUUUUUUUUUUGAGCGGUUCUCCUCACUCACUAGUCGGUGUGAUGACGUGUCUGCUUUGCUCUGAAUGAGGCGACUGUCUCUCUAGGUCUAGUCUGUUUUUUUUUUUUUACGUGGCCGCGUCCAAACAAACCUGCAACCGCUCGUCAUCGCAUUCUGGAAGGAAAGAAAACAAAUGUGUGCAUGCUUGCUCAUUCCGUGUGCUUUAUCGUUAUUUUUUUUCUUUUUCUAACUUAUCUGCGUUUGCCUCGGCAUGCUCUGCAAACAUGGGACAGAUGUUUGGACGACUCCUGCACAAACGAGCUACAUUGGAUUAACACUUUUGUAGAGUUUUUGGGGUUUUUUUGUGAUUUCUUGCUUCUCUCACGGUGGCUGAGUCACUUUCUGGUUGCACAAAGAAUGAUUCUUCUCACAGUACCAUUUCCCUUUCAUCUCGUGUAAUGAACAAACUCUACUGUAACGUCGGAGCUGUGUAUUUUCUGCCAUAUGUGCCUCUUUUGCUGUUGUAUUAUGUAAAGUUUGAAGCUUUUGACUGGA